UUUUGUGACAAUCCUUAUGAAAUUUUGAAUGUGACGUCAUAUUUUAUGUCAGUUACAUAUCAAAGCCAAAUCUAUCAUGUUAAUAUAUCAAAGGAACCUUUAGUGUGUCAUUUUCUCAACCUACAAAUGCUAACUGUUGUGCUGCCAGACAGGGAGCUACUUCUGCAAUAAAACAUUCCUUAAGUUAUAAUCCAAGUUAGAAGACAUUUUUUAUAACAACCUUUCACUCAAUUUGUAGUAGCAGUUUAAAAUGGAUCCAAACGUGCACUUAAUAAGGCCAACCCAAACCAAUCGCCUCUUCACUGGACACUUGCUGACCUCUGGAUCCUCCACGUACCAGGUGCAGAAGUACCUUGGUCAGGGCUCCUUUGGGACAGUUGCAAAAUGCUUAAGAGUAAACGAUGGAGAAACUGUGGCUAUCAAAAUAAUGAAGUCUAAACACUCAUGGAAAGUAAAAGGAGAGGUGGCUAUCCUGAGGAAACUAAAAUCGCUGGACCCAGUAAGAUCCAACCUGGUUCACUGGUACCAAAUCUUUACAGAUAGAGGUCACAUUUGCCUGGAGUUUGAGCAUCUUGACAAGAGUCUGUUUGACUUUAUGAGAGAGCGUAAAUUUCAACCUCUUCCUUUGAAGGAUAUCAGACCAAUUGUCCAGCAGCUCGCCAAUGCACUCAACCACUUGAAGGCUGCCAGAAUAAUUCACGCAGACCUCAAGUUGGAGAACGUGAUGUUGGUCAACCAACAGCUGGAGCCCUAUAGGGUCAAAGUGAUUGACUUUGGUCUGGCCACCAGUGUUCGGUUUGCCAAAGUGGGGGCAUACAUUCAGACCCGUCCUUUCCGGUCUCCAGAGGUUCUUUUAGGCCUCCCUCUUACAGAGGCCAUAGACAUGUGGUCUCUGGGUUGCAUGGUGGCUUUCAUGUACCUCGGUACAGAGCUCUACAAUGGCAACAAUGAAUAUGAAAUGAUCAGGAACAUUAUGAAGACCCAAGGUCAGCUCCCACACAGCAUGCUCUGCUGUGGCAGAAAAACUCACUUAUAUUUCCAAAGGGACAAAACCUCUGCCAACUCUGUUUGGAAACUCAAGGGUCCAGAACAUGUCAAAAGAGCCAAAAGAAUGAAACCAUUUGAGAACAGAAGGUCGGAGCUAACCUCACUGGACGACCUCCAUUAUAAACACAUCAUCAGCAGUGACAACGAAACCGAUCGUGAUGCAGAGCGGAAAGAUGCGCAGAUGUUUGUGGACAUAAUGAAGGAGAUGCUCCAGCUCGACACGGACAAAAGAAUAACUCCUUCCCAGCUGAUGCAGCAUCACUUCACCAGGAUGUUGCACAUUAUUGACAUGUACCCCAGGAGCAAGUAUGUUAGGUGUUGCUCCAGUAUGAUGAACAUCUGCCAAAACAGCAAAGGGCAGGUUAGAUCAACACAGCGUCCUCCCUGCAGAACUGGUAACCCAGAUCAGCACCACUGUGGCAACCCACGUGCCUGCACAAGUUCCGAAACUACACACAGGUCACACAGAUGUGUAACCGGUAAGGCAGUAGACACAAGGAAGGCAAAAAACACUGACAAUGUGGUGAAGACCCACUCGGGCAUGACUGCCACUGAAGCCAGGAGCCACCCAGGCAUGACUGACUCUGCAGACUGGAGUCAGCCUUCCAUGCCUGAUGCAGCUUUGUGGAGUCACUUGGAUGUGGCCCACCGACCCAAAGAACAUCAAGCCAGAGGCACUCAUCUUGUAAAGGAGAGGAUAGCUGAAUAUUAUGAUGCAAAGCAUGUGAUUGAGGGAAACAAAAGCAGCGGUGACAACAACAGCAGGCGUUCCCAUGGAAGCACCUCCGGACCAUCCACCUCAGGCUAUAGCAGAACCAUUCAGAGAUCUGUUCCACCUUGGGUAAAGAGGAAGACGAGUCACAGUGAAGACCGUGACUUUGGUUACAACACAAAAUCAGAUCAUGACAGACAUAGGACUAGAAUCUACCCAGGAGACAGAUCCACCUGCCAUAGCAGCCACAGCUCGGUCCACAAUGACCCUGAUCAGUCUGAUCAUAGGAACAAGAGACACGUGCGGUCAACUAUGAAACAUCACUGGUAUAAUAGAAAGAGGCUUCACAGAGGUACUGCAGGUACCUCUGUGAAGUCACAGACAUCUGCUGAAGCAGUAGAAGGUGGAUGAAUGAACAGAUUCUUAGAGCAAUCAUCCAUAGCAAUUUCUGAUACAGACAUACCCCACUGGAGGCACCACAAAGAUAUUUAUAAAAUGCAUUAUCCUGCUAGAAUAAAUAUUAUACCCUGAUAACGAUAUGGACCAUAUGUAAGAAUUCAAAAUAAACCUAAUUUCCUUGAAAAACGUUAUUUAACAACAUGAAGCCACAAACCUUUUCCAGUGGUCCACAACCUUUUAAGCACCACGUACCAGUUUUAUGCAAUGCAAUUUUUCCACGGACCAGACCAGCCAAGGUAUACAAAAGACAGUUUAUGGGUUUUAAAGAAAUAGUUCAGUUUUCUGGCGUGUAUUCAAUAAACUGAGACCGAGGAAGUUAUUUAAAAUGACAGAGUUUUUAAUAAGGGAUGUUGUCUUUCUGCGAAAAACAAUUCGGUUUCAUAUGUGGUGAAAGCAACAAGUGGGCUUUCAGAUAACACAGGGCUGUCAGAGACUGUUUAUACCUGUUUUGGUUUAUAAUUAACCUGUUCACACAUGUGUUAAAUCCACUCAUUAAAACAAGCAGCAUUGAUACCAUGAAGUGGUUAAUCAUCUGCAGGCCAGUUGGGACCAUUUAUGUAAUUGCGGCCAUAAAUAUUAAACUAAAUGUUUGCGCUGAACGGUGGAACAACAGUAAAAUAAUCCACACAACAAAACGAGCCUGCGGAAGCCACGACUAUGGGCGGUCGGUCACACAGCUUCGAACCGUCCGCCCCUAGGACCCACGAUACCACGAAGGUUAAAUGUUUUCAGCGAUUUAGUACGCGUAGCAUAAAAUCAAAGUGAGAUGACAUUGGUUACCGUGUUUGUAUCGUAGCCUUGCUGUAUCGUAGCUUUUCUCAGUGACUUCAGACCAAACGCUAGUACCGACAACAAACAACUGCGUCAACACCUUUUCCGGUUUGGACUUUUCAAAGUACACAUCAAGCUUCCAAUACUCUUUCUAACGUAAUAUGUCUUUUCAAAAUAAGGGUGGCCAUUACAUUCUUUGGCGUCCUCUCGUGGUCAUUGUAUACAUAAAACGAAUAAAUGUGUUGUAAAAAGGUACAGAGGCUAUUACAUGCGUGGUCCAGCGUAAAAUUCAGUUGGAAAUCAAACGUAAAAACACAGAACUAGACAAAAAACAAUACAAUAGACCGGAGAAGAUUUACAGCUACAUCGUGGAGUGUUAUAGGUGUUUUUUAUUCAUUUCAUAUCCUUUCCAAGUAAACAUAAUGUAAAUUUUGUUAAUAGUCGUUUUAACUGCUAACAAGUUGCUAACCUCUUCAUUCCCAGGGAGGGAUUCGUUUUUAAAAAAAUUAUUUAAUCUGGUUAAAAUAAAACCCACAAGAAUAAGUUAUAUAUAUAUUUAUUUUUGUGACAAUCCUUAUGAAAUUUUGAAUGUGACGUCAUAUUUUAUGUCAGUUACAUAUCAAAGCCAAAUCUAUCAUGUUAAUAUAUCAAAGGAACCUUUAGUGUGUCAUUUUCUCAACCUACAAAUGCUAACUGUUGUGCUGCCAGACAGGGAGCUACUUCUGCAAUAAAACAUUCCUUAAGUUAUAAUCCAAGUUAGAAGACAUUUUUUAUAACAACCUUUCACUCAAUUUGUAGUAGCAGUUU